AUGCACCCUGAUUCUCGAUCUCCUGGACCUGGACACAAGCUGCCCCGCGAUGCAUCGAUUCCCCAUUCUUUGAGGCCAGGAUCCUCUCCUGCCGCUGCAGCUCUCAACAUGCCCAGCCGAGACCUUACGGUUGUUCGAAUUCCGCUGCGAAGAGCCAAACACCACUUCGGAGUGUUCUCGUCGAGAGGCCAACGAUCUUACAACGAGGAUACCAACCAAGCCGGAACGAUAAACAUGCCGGCGUUUGCCAAGCGAGCUCCCAUCAGUCUUCAAAGAAGACCCAUACAAAAGCCAGACGAGGCUACCUCUGCGGAUAGUGCACUUGGCGACCCUCAAGUCUUCUACUUUGGCGUUUUCGAUGGCCAUGGCGGAUCUCAGUGUGCUGAAUUCUUGAGAGAUGAGUUGCAUGGCUACAUUGAGCAGGCGUCCGCUGAAUUCGGGCUCCAGAGCAGCCUCAGGAGGAGUUCAACACCGGAGACAGGCCGCAAGGACGAAGACGAAGCCGAUAGGCACGGAGAGCUGAACAUGAAAUCAGAAGAGGAAGUCCGGGAUCAGAUGCGGGUCCCCAAGGAAGAUGCCCACGGUGUGGUGAAGAAUCCCAAGAGAAAGCAACCCAUCAAAGGAGUAGAUCCCGUCUCGGCCAAAGUGGAAGACAUUCCCAAGGCUGUCAAGUUGGAGCAUGAAUUGGUGGAGCAGUACAAGCAAACCGUCGGAGGCUACUUUCGACGAUUCAACCCGGAGUUCUUCAAGCAGCCGGAGGAUAGCGAAGAAGUCGAAGGUGACGGACCUCCAAUCACAGUCGAAUCGGUCCUGAUGUACGCUUUCCUCAGAGCAGACCUGGACUUCGUUUCUGCUCAAGCUCGCAAGCCGGACCCCGACGAUCCGCACGUCGGCGACUCCCCCCUCAACAGUGACGAAAUUCUCGGGGCGCCGCAUAUACCUCCCUCAGGGCACGGUAUUGGAGGGCUGUCACGCUUCAAGGGCGGGUCGACAGCAUCAGUGGCUCUCAUCUCGACUCCUACUCCGGCGCCUUUCUGGCAUCCCAAUGCCCAGUCUACCUUGGUCGUUGCUCAUGUCGGCGACACACGGAUACUCCUCUGUCAGACCACCACUGGCCUCUCUCAACCUCUGACAUCAGACCAUCACCCCACAACCCCCACGGAAAGCCGUCGCCUCCGUCGUUACGCCCCAGCCGGAUCCAUGGUUUCUGGUGACAGCUUUGGUGAGGAGCGAAUCAUGGGCCUGGCGAACAGCCGCUCCUUUGGCGACAUGCGGAGUAAGCGUAUCGGUGUGUCGGCAGAGCCGGAAAUCACCCGCGUCGAGAUCGGCCCGGCGGAGUACUCUUUCCUGGUGCUCAUGAGCGACGGCAUAUCGGGCACGCUUAGCGACCAGGAGAUUGUCGACGUAAUCAAGGAGGCCAGGACGCCUGAGCAGGGCGCCAAGGAUGUUGUGGAUUACGCGACCGAGGUCUCGCAUGACGGCGAUAAUGCUACGUGUCUUGUCGUCAGGCUAGGCGGCUGGGAGAGACGUUCCGAGGGCGGCGUCGGUAGCCUCGGAACCAAGGAAAUCCGCGACAAGAGGAGAGCGGAAGCGUUGGAUCCUCGACGUGGUAAGCGGUAG